UGUGCGCUGACAACAAUAAAUUUGUGCAAUUCAAUAACAAAUCCUGCGUACAGUAUGCUCUUAACAAAAACGUUGUUGUUUAAUCAAAACUGAAGCAUUGUUUUGUUUGUGUUGUUGAAUAGUUUAUAUAGUCGAAAUUGUUUAUUCUCUUCUGUUGAAUUUUGAUUUUAUCAUUCGAUUCGUUCGCAUUCACAAAUCAAACGAGUUCUCAACUGCGAAAUUCAAUUGAGCGUAAUUAAAUUGCGUUCAUUAUUGUUGUUAUUGUUGUUAUCAUCAAUCGUCGUCAAGAGCAAUAAACGAACAAAAAAGAAGGAUGAAUUCAUUAGUAUCUGCCGAUUAUGGAUCGAGUGGCAGUGAUUCAGACGAUGAAAAUACAUUGAAUGUGACUAAUGCACAAUGUGGUGAUGUGAAAAAUUUGUUACGCUCCGCAUCCGACUCAGAUAACGAAUCAAAUGACGACGAAAACAGUAACAGUUCAUGCGAACAAUCAAAAAACGAAACAAAGAAAACGGUCCUACCAAGUGCCUCAUCGAUUUUAUUGAAUGGAAACAGUAAUACUGGACAAGUAUUUAAUAAUCCGUAUAAAAAAGCGGAAAACGAUCAAAUCGCCAGCUUGGAAAAGCAUGUUAAAAUGGUUGAAACCGAUGCUCAUACGCAUAUGAAAAAUGGCAAGAAAAUCUGCUGGAACUAUCGAAAAGGUCGAUGCCGUUUUGGAAGCAAUUGUACUUAUGCUCACGAUUCGGAUUUGCAUGUUGAAUCAUCAACAAUUGGAAUGGAUGGAGAAAGUACACAGACCACCAACACAUCGGUCGCUGUUAAUACACCGACACAGAUGGCAACCACUGGAACGAAUGUCACAACGAAAUCGAAUAAAAAACUGAAGCGACCAGGACUUGGUGAUACAAUUACACCGAGUAAAAAAGUGAUAAAAGCUUAUAAUGCACUGAAAAAGUGAGAGCGCAAGAGAAAGUAAAAUAGAUAAUGAGACCAUCCAUCAGGAAGAUUACCCUGUAAUAAUGCAUAUCUACAUCGGCUUUGAUUUAACUCGUUAAAAACAAUAGAAUUCAGUAGAUUUUUUCGCUGACCACCAUUCACCACCAAUUUUUUUUUUCUUCUUUUGCUAAUAUUUAUUGCAAUAAGCGAAAGUAACUAGAUUUUAUUGGCGCAAACGAGAAAUAAACGAAACAAAAAACAAAUGUAUGUGAUAACGAAAUGAAGAGAGCAAAUGUAAAAAUCGCAAAAUCGGUCAAACAGUUUUUCACACCAAUGAUGAUGGUGAUGGUGCAUGUAUGGAUGGAUUAUGGAACAUUUUUGUUGAUACUAUUUUAUAUAUUGCUAAUAAUAAUGGUGAAAUUGAGAUUUUUUUUUCAGCUGUCUGCCGCAGGGAAUAAUGCUAGAGAAAAACGAGAUACACGUAUUUGAACGUAUUUGAAUGUUUGAGGUUAUGUUCCUAUCGUUGAACAUCGUUCCAAAAAUAUUCAUGUUUUUCUUUCGAAAUACCUCAAACUGGACAUAAAUACACAAAUGAAUGACCAUUAAUUUUUUCUUCGAAUAAUUUA